UCGCGAACGGUUGUUGGUUUGACUAGUCGCUUUAUUAGAUAAUUCAACUUGAAACAGAAGAGAAUCUAGCUAAUCGUCGCGAUUCGCGUUCUGUUUAUUGAGUGUUGUUCGUCGUUCGUUGAUUUGUCGUGAUCUUGAGACAAGCACACAUUCCCAGACGACGGAUAUCUCGUUUGCAAUCUAGUUAUUGGCAACUUAGUCAGUAACCCGUGAUUUACUGUCAGUUGUGUGAUAAGUGUUACGUGAAAUCGGUUACCUUUUUUGAGGAGCGUCGUCAGGCCAUAUCGCGCUCUGGCUGGACUCCCCCGGCAGAAGUUGUUUGUCUGGCUGAUCUAAUACACGAGGGUGGAUCCCCAACAGUAGUUAUCCGUGAAGCACAACAAGUGUUUUCCGCGCAAAAAGGGCAUUUUCCUCGAGUGAAUGGUGAAUGCUCGAAGAGACCAAGCGAGUGGUUCCAUCUUUAUCGCAGUAGGCAGUUUUCCGUCUCAAGUCUAACAGGGUGGUGUGACCGUGCUCCUUCAAAUAAAAUUAGAAGAUAACCGCCAUCGGGCUUCUACCUUACAGAAUCAGUAUCAUCGCUUUGACAAGCCAAUCAACUCGCCGCGAGAGCAACAGAAACCCAUCCUCGUCAUCUUCGACCUAUCUAUCUAGCUAGCUUCUUCCUCUCGUUUGACGAACGGCGUCGCCAAGAUUUGAAAUAGAAAUUCAUUUCAGCAGAGCAGAGCAAAAUAGUUCCGAGGUGCAGUGUCCGCGAAGAAAAUCUGUCCGUCCCGGUAAAUUCGUCGUUCCACAACAGCGGGGUUUCGGUGCGGUCAAUUUGUAACAGUUUAAUUAAACUAAGAGAGUGCAGUGCCAUACCUUGGUCUAGAGGCAACAAGUGCAACAUACUAAGAAAUCCGUUACAGCAACGAAAUCGCCAAACCAAAACACACCGCCGAAAGUGAGAGGAGAGUGGUGUUGCAAAAAGAAGGUGUUGAGCUAUUUCUGUUGCGAAGAACCCCACAUAGACAGAUCGAGGAAGAUAACGCGUCAAUACAGCAUUAAAAAAACAACAACGCAAAACAAACCGAUAUAAACCGGCAGCAGCAGAAAAGUGAAGAGAAGAAAAAUCAAGACAACAAUGUUAUCGACGGCGGCCAGCCUCAGCAAGUUCUACAACCGUAUGAGCAUCUUGAUAACUGUUUUCAUCACCGUAAACUUGGCAAAAAUCAGAGCGGAAAAUUGUGGCCAGGAGGAACUGGCCCGAUGUGCGGCGCCCUUCCAAGUGUUGCAGUCGUCCACCGAUCUGUCGAUAGCGACCAAAAAGGAGGAACUGGAUAAAAUAUGCCCUGACCUCAAACUCGGUCUGCAGUGUAUACGCAGCUACACCCGCCGAUGCAUGACCCUGGAGCAACGGAAUCGGUUCAACAAGCUGUACAACGGGACGCAUCAGUUCGUGCGGGAUCUGUGCCGCGAUGGCCCGUAUCAAAAUGAUUUCCUGUCCCACGCGCCAUGUCUGCAGCGCGUCAAACCGGACUACGAGGUGUGCGGACGGAAGUACCACAACACGGUUUCCGUAAUCACGCAGCAACAUGAGCAACACCACCAUCAGCAUCAUCACCAGCACCAGAACCGCCACGAACGGCACUAUCAGAACCAGGUGCAGGAUCAAUAUAACGGGAACCAUCACACGACGGCCGGUCGAAAUGCCGAAGAUGACGUGCGGACGUUGUGCUGCUCGUUCAUCGAGUAUCUGGAUUGCUCCGAGAGUGCGGCCCAAAAGACCUGCGGCAGGGAAACGGCCAAGUUUACCAGGGGAUUCCUGGAUAAGAUGUCGUCCACGUUGAUAAAUAUGUACUGCGAAGACUACUACCGGUCCAACAAAUGCCCGUCGAUGUACUCGUCAGGCGGUCAUCACAGUGCGAAGCCCAGCAGCAGUGUUGCCAGCUUUCUGCUGCUGCUACUGGCACCCUCGGUAGUUUCCUUCCUGAACUCGGUUUUCCCCACAUUUAGCAUACUCCGGUUACGAUAGAAACUAGUGCUCAAAAUUAUCGUCGUUUCAAACGGAACCGGAAACAUAAAACCUAUCCACUCUCGAAACUAAUCCUGCAACUGCGUAACUCAAAACAAACAAGCUACACAAAGUUCAAUUUAGUUUAAUUCCUAGCUUUAAGAAAGAAAAAUGUAAGUUGAGAAUGAUUGAUAUGUAGGCAUGAAUAGAUCAAUUUUACGAAGCGCAAUGAUGCUCCUUUAUUUGAUAUACCCACACACAUCACUGACUACAUAUAAUGUGACCAAAAGAAGCUAAAAGUCACCUAAAAUAGCUUGUCUCGAAACCAUAAAACAAAGAUAAGUCUGUCCCUGUCCAGUGUAAUAGUUUAAUCGUGGUUUUCAUUAGUUUAUGAUAUACGAGUACGACAUAGAUGAACAAGGUUAAUUUUUUUCAGUCUAGUAAAAUGUCGAUUUUAGAAAGAAAAAAAACGUUCACUAUCUGAUUCCAAUUCGAUGCGUAAAACUCACAACCGAGAGCACUCGCAAUUAGUAUUAAUUAUUUUAUUUAGUCGAAUUAGCCAGUGCGACCAGUUGAGUUUGAUUAGUUUUAUUUGUACAUACUGUGUAGCACGUUAUCCGCAAGGAAACCACCCAUCAUAAUGACUGACGACACUUCGCCUUGGCAGCCUAUUCCAUACUAGGCUGGCGCGUUCCUACUGACGCGGUCACUCAAGCGAACUCUGCGCGUGUGGCGCUUACCCACACAGCCGUACAAUAUGCAUCGACCACGAAACACACUGCGUCACCAACACCAAGCUGAAGCCUACCGGUUGCGCUAUCACUUUCAGACUGGAGGGGCUUGAGUGCCGCUCGGGAGGGCUGCAUAGUUGUGCUGACUAAUCGUGGCAUAGGCGCCCCACACAUCUUCCUUCCUCUCUAAAAUUUUUUCCCAAUCAUUGAAAAAGAUUAACUUUUUCAGUGAAUCAUCUUGCAACGGAAGAAUGAAAGAGUUAUUAAAGCUACUUACUGGGAGUUUUUUUUUUAUUAUCAAAUUGUCAAUUUAUCAUUUGAGUUUUUUUUCCAUAAGUAUAGCAUUUCUGGAAAGCUUGAAAGAAUACCAAUGUAACUUAUUUUGCUUGAUGAUACAUUUCACUUGAAUUUAUUUCAAUCUUUUUUUAUAUAUAAACUAAAUUUAAAUCGUCAAAUUAGCUCUCAUUGGCUUAGGCAUAUGUCGUGUAAUAUAGAAUAAAUCAAAACCGCGACGCAUCCACUAAAAAGGCACUCGCGUGCUCGUGCGCUCUCCCUUGCCUGUGCGCAACAGUCAACGAUUGUACCAUUACAAUGUCGUUAUGUAGGUAUACGUAUGAAUGAAUAAUCUUUAGCGUGCUUUAGCCAUUCUUUCUCUCCGCUGUAUCCGCUGCACCAGACUCCCACACUCCCAUUCAUGCAAAACCUCCACACCCCAAAUCGGCUGCGCUUAUAUUGUCAAUUAAUGAGUUGGCCUGUUGUGUUCGUGUUGUUAUCCCUUUCAGAUAGAUAUAGCCAGUGUUGCCACAUGGAUUUCUGUACAUUCAUAAAAAAAAGUUUUUUUUAACUAUGCUUUUUUUUCCUACCAAUUUUUUUUACCGACGAUGUAUUAAAGUUCAAUAUUAUCAUUGAGAUUUAGUUUUUUUUUUUUACAAUUUCAGUGUCUGUAAUUGAUUCAAUUUCCAGUAUUUAACCAUCUGUUGUUUCAAUAAUAAAUCACUUUGAUAAACUAUCAAUCAAUAAAAAAAAGUAUUUGCCGAUCUGUACUCUGUAGCAAAAACGAGCUCAAAACUUUGUACUUUUCCCGGUCAAUCGGUACAUGUGGUUUCCAUAGACAAACCGUAUCUGUGAUAUAGAGAGCAUCAUUUGCCUUUCCUUUUCCAUCCCACUCCACUGCGAAUUGUAGUUGCCUAUACAGUCAACUGGAUUCUUCUGGGUUUGAUGUUCUCAAAUGUCUCAUUUUUUUCUUAGUUGUUUCAUUCGCAAUUGACUCCAAUUUCUCUUCAGAUUUCUACAAAAUAUUCUUUACAACAGUUUACAGAGUCUGUUAUCACUUGUCAUGAAUCUAUUUGCCUUGUUACACCUUUUUUUUCUUCUUUGGUUUACAAAGUGAUCCUCUCAGCACACUUGCCUAAAAUUAGCCAUGCUAUCAAUCCUUUAAAUGGGCGAUCCUUCCAACGAACUUAAAUUAAAGCUAUUUUCCUGACGCGCUUUUUUUGUUCCUUAUGCGGCCCUCCCAACACGCAUUUUUUGACAAUCUUCUUGAUUUGCUUACUCCUUAAUUGCUUCAAAUAAGUUGUCGUUUCAAUAUACUUAGUUUGCCAUUCACAUAAUUGUUAAGGAGUGGUGCUUUCGACACUCCCAGAACUAUCAUCGAGUCAGGCUUUCCCUCAUGUGGUCCUCGCAAAUCAUAUUCAGCCUUCUUCGUGACUCGCUAAUAUAUUUCUCACUUGAAGUGGUCCUCUCAACACACUCCAUUUUUUUUAAUUGAAAAAAAAGGUCCUCCCAACACACUCAAACCUAUCCUCCCAGCAUGCUUUUUUUCUUGUGCGGUCCUCCCAACUCGCAUUGUUCACUAGUUGUCCUCCCGACUCGCUUAUUCAUUUAUUGCUUGAAGUGAUCCUCACAACACACUUCUUUUCUGAAUCAAUAAUGUUCUCAAGAGUGGUCCUCCCAACACACUCAAAGCUGUCCUCCCGACACGCUGUUUUCUUGUGCGGUCCUCCCGACUCGCUAUUUCAUAUAUUACUUGAAGUGGUCCUCCCAACACACUUAUUUUUUCUCAAUAAUGUCUUCAAGAGUGGUCCUCCCAACACACUCAAAGCUGUCCUCCCGACGCGCUUUUUAUGCGGUCCUCCCAACUCGCAUUUUUCUUUAGCAGUCCUCCCGACUCGCUAAUUCAUCUAUUGCUUGAAGUGGUCCUCCCAACACACUUCUUCUCACAACUGUCCUCCCGACGCGCUUUUUUUACCAAUUUUUUUUACAAACCAUUUUUUUUAAUAUCACUCAACUUUGUAAAUCUUGAACUUUUGCUUUCUAACUGAAAAAAUUGCACCACUGCCUUAAGUGCAUUUCACUGCAUUCUUUUCGGGAACGGUUUUUUCUCAACACUUUCAUUUCUCAUUUCUGUAAAUUUUGCAACACUGGUCACAUUUUCACUCUCUUCAAUUUCCAAAACACGUGGUCAUAUUUUUUUUACCUUCUAGAUGGGUGGUUUCCACAACAGGUUCUUUUUAUCGUUUCUUAAACUAUACCGUGAAAUGCCUGUCGGUCGCCAAAAUGUGUAGCACGUUAUCCGCAAGGAAACCACCCAUCAUAAUGACUGACGACACUUCGCCUUGGCAGCCUAUUCCAUACUAGGCUGGCGCGUUCCUACUGACGCGGUCACUCAAGCGAACUCUGCGCGUGUGGCGCUUACCCACACAGCCGUACAAUAUGCAUCGACCACGAAACACACUGCGUCACCAACACCAAGCUGAAGCCUACCGGUUGCGCUAUCACUUUCAGACUGGAGGGGCUUGAGUGCCGCUCGGGAGGGCUGCAUAGUUGUGCUGACUAAUCGUGGCAUAGGCGCCCCACACACAUACUAUGCUAUCUACACUAGGUAGACUGUUACUAGACUUUUAAGUGCUCCAUCUCUCUCUAUCUCAAACAUUUGGACACUAGGCACUUGUUCCACUUGAUUGAUUUCUGGCCACAAAGAUGGGAAGUAAUUUAUUGUUAUCGUUAAACGGAAUCGUCUUCGUCAAUCGUUGGCAGACGCAUGAAUGAGAUCAAAUUUAGCUCAAGGUGCGAUAAAUUAAAACAAUUUUUGCCACAUCCUCCCAUUGCUAUAGAUUUGUCUGACUUGUUCUGCUGGAGAUGUUAUAGGUGUUAAUUAAUUUAUUUAAACAAAAAACGAGAGAACUUUUAUUAGCUUAGAACCUUCAUUAAGAGAGCAGUUAAUAUAUAAAGCAUAGUUAGUGUUAAAUGAAAUUUGCCUGAUAUUGAAACUGUUGGUCAAUGAUUGGAUUUCUCGAAGUACAGAGAGUGCUGUAAAUAUUUGUCAAUUUAGUCCAAACCGAAUUAGACAUAAUUUAUUAGUCUUACCACGAAUCACAGGAUAUUAUUAAUAACUAGAACACUAAGAAGAACUAAAAUUAGCUUUAGGUAGGAUGAAAAGUUGCAAACUAUAAAAGAAAAAAACUAUAAACUGAACAAAAAAAAGACAUGCCCAUUCCCUAGAAGAAACAAAGAAUGGAAACAGCAAACUAUAUAGUUCAAGCUCCCUUGUUAUGCAAAUGUAAAAUAAAGUAAGGAUGAUAGAUGAUAACCUGGUAGAGUUAUGUACACAACCUUAUACUAUUGAAAAAAAAAACAUAUUCUAAGCAUCUCUACUUUGUAAAUGACAUCGCAACUCAAUUAGAAACUCUACUGAUGAAAACCAAAAAAUAGCUCGUAGUGCAACAAGCCAAUCAAUAAAACGUUUUAUUUUUUUAUUUGAAA